GAGGCCCCGCCCCCAGCCCCUGCUGGCCACCUCUAGGGCCAUGGCCUCGGCCUGGGCUCCCUGCCCCAGGGAAGCGCCACUCUGGAACCUCUGGCACCUUUAAGGUGGAGGGGCUGCGGCUGGGGGCGCUGGGGGCCCGAGUGCCGGGGUCCUGGGUCCCUGAGUUCAUACCCCACCCACUGCAGCCACCAUGAACCGACUCCGAAACACCAGGCAGGCUGAGCCCCUCCAGGGCCCCCCAAAGUGGGUCCCCGUCCUGGGGGAGCUGCAGAAGACCCUCCAGAAGGGCGAGUACCUGCCGCUCCGGCCACUGCCCAUGUUCGAAAGCAACUUCAUCCAGGUGACAAACCAAGGGGGCCCUGUGUUCGUGCACCACGGAACCAACCGCCUGACCAUGGGUGUGGCUGCCUCGCUGCCCGGCCUGGUGCUGCCGGACAUCCUGCUGAUAGCGCAACCACGGCCGGAGGGCAGGGAGUGCCGCGUGCACGACCUGUGUGCCUGGCGCCUCAAGCUGCGCCUGGUCACUGGCCGCUGCUACUACCUGGAGCUGGACGCCCCCGACAGCGAGGUGGGCUUCCUGUUCGACCGCUGGAUCCGCCUGAUCGACCUGCUCCGGGGGCCUGCUGCUGCCUGGGCCCCCAGGACCCUGCGCACGCCCCCCCUGGACCUGUCCCUGGCCGCGGCACCCGCCUCCACCUGGCAGCUGCAGGGAGGCCAGACGCCUCCUGAUGGCCCUCCCCUGCAGGAACAGGCCCCGGGCAGACGUGCAGCUGAGCCCACCCUUCCGUAUAAGAUGCUGACGGCGCAGACACAGAGGAAGGCAAAGGCCCUCAAGCGCAGAUUCCGGUCUCAGGCCGUGGGUGACUCGAUGCCUCUGGUCUGGUCCCGGCUGGAGCAUGCGGACGGCAGGAAGAGAUCCACAGAGAAGGCACGCCCAGACACGCACCCUGACAGGUCUGCAGCCCGGGUCCACGUUUCCGGGAAGACCAGCCUCACCAUCAGGACUAUCUUCAGCAUCGUCUCCAACACCGUCAACCAGACUCAGCCCUCCUCGAAGGCUGGUGCGUCUGAUUGUGAGGCGGCCGCAGGCAGGGGUGGUCUGCUGGAGACGCCCUCACGCUGCAUCUCGGCCGACAGCCCCGACUUUGGCGUCCUGGGCCCCUCCCAGGACCUGGACGUGCACCUGUGGCAGCAGGGCGUCGAAGACCUCAUGGACCCUGAGUCCAGCACCUUGUCCUCCUCCCUCGGCCAGCCUUCCUACCCUCCCGCUGCCUACCGCCCCGCACCCCACUCCUUCCCCAGGCCCAGUGACGUGCCCGGGCUGAUGGCUUCCCGGCAGGGACCUGUCCCCGCCAGGCCUGGGAAGCCACCGUUCAUUGUCGACCGGUCCCAGAAGGUCCCGGGUGUGACUGCUCCGUCCCGGAAGACCCCAGCCACACCUAGGCCACCUCGAAAGGCCCCGCAGGCACCAGCCAUGUCUAGGUCACCCCAGAAGGCCCCACCCCCAUCUCAGAAGCCCCCAGCUGUAUCUGGUGUUCCCCAGAAGACUGUGUCUCCCUCAGCCCCAAAAAGGGAGCCUCUGUUCCCAUUGGCACUCCCCCAGAAGGCACCAGCCUUGGCUCAGUCCCAGGGGGCACUGGGCUUGCCCACCUCCUGGAGAAAGGGCCCCAGUGAGUUUGAGGUGCUGCCCGUAGCAGUUCCUGGAGGGGACAUGCUGGAGAGAAGGGCGUCUGCAGGGAAACUUGAGCCGGAGGUGAUGGCGGGCGCCCAGAUGACGGGCGUGCUGGAGAUGAGGACCCAGACCACGGCCCUGGAGCUGCCCUUCGCCACGACAAAGAAGCUGUCUGAGGAGGUCCUGCUCAGCAAAACCCGGGAGGUCACCCUGGAGGGCUUGAGGGGCAGGGGGAAGUCCGAGGACAGGGCCCGCAGGAUGAAGCAGGAAGUAUCCCUGGACCUGCCCGGUGGUGGGAAGUCCAAGGAGACGGAGCAGCAGAAGCGAUGGGUCACGGCCCAGGAGGUGACCAUCGAGGCCCCCCGCCACGAGCACAGCAGGCCCUUCUCCGUGGAGGGGCUUACGCUGGCCAAGAUGAUGAUCAUGGCCAACUGCAAAGACCAGCACCUGAGGCCGCCGGCAGUCUCCCUGCCCUCCUGGCUCUCAGUGGCUUCCCAGGCAUCCCCGGCGUCUGCGGUGGCCUUGAUGCCCUUCAGCCCCAGCCAGCUGUCCUUGCUGGAGGGGACACCAGUGGUGGUCCAGGGACAGCCAGAGUCACGCGGCUGGAUGAGGGCGAGCACACGGCAAUGGACAGAGAAGGAGGGGCCGCCCCGUGACCCAGUGGGGCCCUCCACGGCGCCUCUCCACGCCAUGCCUACUUCCAGCAGGCUGAAGACGGGUGACACCUCCCAGGUGCCUAUCCCUUUGCCCGCCUCACGGUGGGAGGAUGUGCUGCCACCGCCCCUUCCAGAGACCCCUGCCUCAAGGACGGAGGCCACGGCCAGAACGUCCCGACAUCCCACGAAGAAACAUCAAGGGCCCAUGAGGAUGCCCAAGCAGCACCCGCUGGCCACAACGGGGUCAUCCGCAGAAAUUCCCCUGCCUCAGCUGCUGGAAGUUAAGAGCACAAGGGGCAGAGCCACCAAGGCCGGGAUGACAGAGGGGCCGGGAACCUUUAGCCCUUCACACAGCACGCAGCGUCAGCGCUUUCAGUAGGAGGAUGCUGGAGACUCGACCUCAGUCUGCAAACUGUCCCAAAGAGCCCUACGUGGCCAGGCCCCAGGGUGCUGUGCGCCCUGGCUGUAGGGGCAGAGUGCUGAAAAGGCGGUUGCGGGGCCUCUCCCACAGAGAACAGAGAUAUCUAUACGUUUAUAUAUGGGGGCGGGGGGAGCCAGCGGAGCAGCACGCUCCGCAGAUAUUAAAAGCCUGAGUCUGAG